AUGACAACAAAUAUUGCGGAGUCAAUCAACUCAGUCCUUAGGUUUGCAAGAAUGCUGCCAGUGGUUCAUUUGAUAGGGGAAAUUGUUAAUCUCCUUGUGAAAUGGUUCACCGAACGUCGUGAGUUGGCUUUGAAUUGCACAACAACAUUGUGCCCCAAUUUUGGAGAGAAGAAGUUGAGGAACAGGGUGGAGGAUGCUGCAAGGAUGAAUGUGGUUAAAGUUAAUAAUGCACAGUAUAAUGUUUUGGACGGUAAUAUGGACGGCCUCGUAGAUUUGACGAACAACAGUUGUAGUUGUAGAAAGUUUCAGCUUGAGCAGCUACCUUGCAAGCAUGUAGUUGCAGUUUGCAGCUUCUUGAAAGUAAGUGUAUAUGCAAAGGCUUCUCGGUAUUACACUCGGAAAACCUGGAUGGAUGCUUAUUCGGAUAGCAUCUACCCGGUACAACCUCACGGAAUGUGGGAUACUCCUGAAGAUGUUCUAAGUCGAAUCCUUUUGAAAUUGCGUUAUUAUUCAAAAGCUUUUGCGUCCAACUUUGCGUAUACAGACGACCCCAUCCCCAUGUGA